AAGCUAUCACAAAAUCGUUUCCGUCUCAAAAGUUUUAUUUUACGAUCGGCGCUUGAAAAUUCUUUUUUGCAACUCGUCAUUUUUAUAAAUUACGUAACGUUAUGCCAAAGGUUCCUCGUAGUUGAUCGCAUCUCGUUAGUUUGUAGUCAUGUCUAGAGCAACGUUAAUGAAUUUAAGGCGAUUAACUAAUACGAAUGCGUGUUCAAAAAACAGAGAAUGGAAGUUCAUCAGUUUUUUGAAUGGCAAAAAUAUUUUUUACUCAACUAGUUGUUUUACAAAAAUAGUAAUAACACCCAAAUGUUUGUAUUCCAUACAAAUACGAACAUUUAUAGAUGUUUUUAAUCCUGGAGUAAAAAAUGGAAAAACGUAUAAAGAAAAACAAUUGAUUGGAUAUUCUCCUGAACAAAUGUUUGAUGUUAUUCAAGACACAGAAAAUUAUAAGCAUUUUUUACCAUUUUGCCGACAGUCUACAGUCAAAGUUAAAGGAAAGGAUCAUGCUAAAACUUAUUUAGAAAUUGGUUUUCCACCUAUAAUAGAAAGUUAUGUAUCACAUAUAACAUUUCAACGCCCUCAUAUGAUUAAAGCAGAAUGCCGUGAUGGAAAACUGUUUAAAUAUUUAACAACUCAAUGGAAUUGUGAUCCUGGACUAAAAGACAAUCCUAAUACUUGUGUUAUUACUUUUUUUGUGUCUUAUGAGUUUAAAUCACAAUUACAUUCAGCGUUAGCUAAUAUGUUUUUCAAUGAAUUAGUUAAACAAAUGGAACAUGCUUUCUUUGUUGAAGCUGGUCGACGAUAUGGUAAACCUUGUAUAAAAGCCCAAAAACUUUAAUAAUUAACCGGAAAUUAAAUAUUUUGUUUAACAGUUCUAAAAGAAGUAACUAAUAAAAGUACUUCCAAGUGAAUAAUGUUGUUAAAAUUUUAGUGUUGACUAUUGUUUAUAUUUAUUUUGAAGUAAUAUCUAAAAAAUAAAUUAUUUAUAUAUAGGUAAUUAUUAUUGUUUAUUAAUUAGUGAAGAAAAAUAAAAGAAUAUUAAUAAUAAAAGUGGAAAUCAGUUAUGAUAACAUUGAAUGAAAACAUAAGGAAUAAUAAUGAAAAUAAAUAUUUAAAUUUAUUAAUGUAUAUAUAUAUAUAUUUUAAUGUGUUUACUUCUCGGUUAUCUACUGAAUAUAGAUAACUAUUACCAUAGUAUAGGCAGCAGUAAUAAUAUGUGUUAUAGUUCUGUAAUGUUUUAACUUUUAACCAGUGUUAUUAUUAUUGAUUUCUACUUGAUGUUAAAUGUCAUUAAAUAUUUUGUUCUUUUCUACAAUCCUUCAUAUUUAAUUUUGAAUUGUUAUUUUUUUUAAUGUGUAAAGUAAUGAACAAAAAUAUUAAAAAUCACUGAUCUGUAACAAUUGCUUUUUAAUAAAUUAUACUUAUUAUA